AAGUUUAGAUUGGGCGAACAAUCGGUCAUAUGGUCGCAACUUGACAUUCGAGGUUAAGUUGAAUCAUUAAAAUGUGUUUUUAUUUGAAUUAGUUUUGUGUGUUUUGCUUGAUUAACAGUUUAAUUAUACCAUGAUGUUUACUAAAAUUAUUACACGAAAUUUUCUGAAAGACUGCGAUCGUGUUUUGGUAGGGCUUCGCCCCUUCUCCCUGUCCUCAAAUCGUAACUGUGAUGAGAAAAAAACGCAAGAAUCUCCCCUAAAGAAACUCCUCGACGAAUCAGCAACCUUUGAAGACUUGCACCCCCAGACACAAGAACAACAAUGGGCUACUUUGCCAUACCCUCAAGGCACCAAAAUUCGCAAACAGGGUGUCUCAUUUAUCGAAAAACCUAAAUAUGAUCCACGCGAGUCCUCGAUAAUUUUAUUUCCCGGUCAGGGGAGCCAAUUUGUCGGUAUGUGCAAUGACUUGCUCAAGUACCCCAUGGCUAGGGAUUUGUUUGAGUUAGCGAAUUAUAUUUUAAAGUACGAUUUGUUAAAAUUGUGUCUUGAGGGUCCCAAAGACAAAUUGGACCAAACAAAAUAUAGUCAACCGGCAAUAAUGGUCAGUUCUUUAGCGGCAAUUGAACGACUGAAAGAGGAGAGACCUAGGGCUAUUGAGAGUUGUGUGGGGACAGCAGGGUUCAGUUUGGGGGAAAUUACAGCGUUAGUGUUUGCGGGGGCGAUUGGUUUUGAGCGAGGGUUACGAUUGGUGCAAAUUCGGGGGGAAGCAAUGCAAUUGGCUAGUGAGGCGUACAAGGGGGGGAUGGUCACAGUAAUGUACGGUCCUGACACGAAGUUAAACCAGGCACUAGUCAAAGCCAAGGAAUGGGCAACUGAUAAAGGCGACUUAAUGCCCGAAUGUCAAAUUGCCAAUUAUUUGUACCCCCAUUGUAAAGUCAUCUCGGGGAGCGAAUCUGCGCUUGAUUAUUUGGAAAAAAAUGCCAAAGAAUUAAAUUUACGUAAAGUUAAAAGACUUGCGGUUAGUGGAGCUUUCCAUUCCAAUUUAAUGUUACCAGCGGUUGAACCGUUUCGAAAGGCAUUAAAUAAAUCAGAAGUGAGCAAUCCUGUAAUUAGUGUUUAUUCAAAUGUUGACGGGAAAAAGUACAAAGACGCAGCGCAGAUCAAAAAACAAUUGCCGAAACAGAUUGUUAAACCUGUAAAGUGGGAACAACUUCUUCAUGUUGUUUAUGAGAGGAGUCAAGGGGAUUAUUUCCCAAGGACGUUUGAGUGUGGCCCAGGCACGUCCCUAAGGGCUAUCCUUAAACAAGUGAAUGCCAAAGCAUGGACUACGUGUUUUAAUAUUCAAGUGUAGAGUUUAUUUUGAAUAAAAUUUUUGAAACAAC